AUGAAGAGCGUCCCGCGCUCGGUCUACGAGUGGGAGGUCAUGAACAAGAUGAAGCCCAUCUGGCUGCGCAAUCCGGAGGUGGUGAACCAGUCCGAGUACACCGAGUUCUACAAGACCACCUUCAAGGCGUUCGACGAGCCCUUGUCGACGACGCACUUCAAGGUCGAGGGCCAGAUCGAGUUCCGGGCGCUCAUGUUCAUCCCAGCCACUAUGCCUUUUGAGUUGACGCGGGACAUGUUCUCGGAGGGAGGCCGCGCCAUGCGGCUGUACGUAAGCGCGUGUUCAUCAAUGACAAGUUCGAGGAUCUGA